AAACAACAUACUUGGAUUCGCUUCGACGUCUCCUCUUCCAUUGCAGCGAGAGGAAGAACAAACAAUCCCCCACCAAUUCUCUUCAGUUUGGAAGACUGCUGGAAGGAAAGAGGAGAAGCGGGGGAGAUGUUAGUUGCGAACACUUUUGAUUUAUGGCAAAAGGAUGUUUUCUUCUCCGCUGCCGAGGAAGUUCAGCAAUCUGCCGAUAUAAUGGAAUCAUCUUAUCGGACAUGGCUGAAAGCAAAGAGAGAAGGAUUAACGCCGCGGCAUUUAGGUGAACUUGGUAGAGAGCUUCAAAUGGCCUUAGGAACUGCAAAAUGGCAGUUGGAAGAGUUUGAAAGGGCUGUGCGCUUAAGCUACCAAAAAAACAGCGACAAAAAUAUGAUUAUCCGACACAAGCAAUUUGUUUCCGCUAUAGAAGACCAGAUUUCCCGUAUCGAAACUGCAUUCAGAGAAUCGCUGUUUGUGGAAGGGAAGAAACAGUUUCGGUGGGUAGAUUUGGAUGAAGAAGACUGCCACGAUUUGGCUCUUUUUCUUUCUGGAACUCCAGGAACAUCAAAAAGGAUCGAAGGUGAAAACAUAAAUCAAAACGCAGUAGAAACUAACUCCAGUAAUAAAUGCGGUGUUGAAGAAAGUUGCAGUCUCGAGUCCAAAAGUAUUUCGGAAAUGCCAAUGGCAAAUCUGGGGAAAGAUUCAGAACAGCUUCUUACGAAGCUAAGAGAGGGUGAGAUUUCAGCAGUGACUGAUGAAAUUAACCAUCAGGACAAUCAAGUCUCUGGUAAUAAAAAUUCAUGGAGUUUGGCAGGCGGGAGUGCUCAUGAGAUUGUUAUUGAUAUCAACGAUGAUAGACAGAACGAUGUAUUGACAGAAUCGACGCCUAAAGAGAAGGGUUCCAAACAUGUUUUUAGGAGUUUGAGAGAAAGCUAUCAUGGAGGUAAAGGAAUGCAGAGACAUACACGAAUGAAGAUUAUUAAUUGGAUAAAUCAGCACUUGAGAGGAGAUUAUAGAAGUCGUAGACAACAGCAAGUGUCUCCGGCAUUAUUGAUCAGUUCCAAACGUUACAUACUGGCGUUGAUGCUAAUCAUUUUUUUAGCCGUCCCUUUUCUGCUCUACUCAACCUAACCCUACACGGAACACCGACCAUGAGCUCGACUAGAGGUAUUCAACGAAUUCGAAACCCAUGAUCAGUGAUACUCGUUAUAUUUGGAAAAGUGUGUUAAUUUUUUGUGCGUUGGAAGGAAGUUCCUCCAUAUUUGAUAUUUGCAUGGUUUAAGACAUAGUAUUUGUGAGAUGUUCGAUGCCACCUGCAAAUAAAAUCUGUUGAUGUGCGUUCGCUCGA